AGGUGGGGAGGAGCUUCCUGCAAAGGCCACUCCCUCUGGAGCUGCAGGGGCUUAACUGCAUGACCAGAGGCAGGAGAGGAGGCUGGCCCACUUGUUCCCAUCAGCUCCUGAAGGUAACAACUUUAAGAGCAAGCCUUAAAGAGAGAAGCUUUGAUGAAGGAAGAGGGAAAGACAAGGAACCAUGUACAGUAAGGUGACACUGAGCCCUGGGUGGUCCCUCACUACCAAAGCAAGCACCUGUAUUUGUCAGAUAAAGACAGCCAGGACUGCUGACUGCCCUUUACCUCCAAAAUCAGAGAGCCAGAGAGCCAGAGAGCCAGAGAGCCAUGGGCAAAUCGCCAGGGAUGUGGUGUUUGGUCCUGUUUUCUCUUUUGGCAUCAUUUUCUGCUGAGCCCACCAUGCAUGGGGAGAUCCUGUCCCCUAAUUAUCCCCAGGCGUACCCCAAUGACGUCGUGAAAUCUUGGGACAUUGAAGUCCCAGAGGGGUUUGGGAUUCACCUUUACUUUACCCAUGUGGACAUAGAGCCGUCAGAGAGCUGUGCAUACGACUCAGUGCAGAUAAUCUCAGGAGACAUCGAGGAAGGGAGACUCUGUGGCCAGAGGACCAGCAAGAGCCCCAACUCCCCCAUUAUAGAAGAGUUUCAGUUCCCAUACAAUAAACUUCAGGUGGUCUUUACCUCAGACUUCUCCAACGAAGAACGGUUUACGGGCUUUGCAGCAUACUACACUGCCAUAGACAUAAAUGAAUGCACAGAUUUUACAGAUGUCCCCUGUAGCCACUUCUGCAAUAACUUCAUUGGUGGAUACUUCUGCUCCUGUCCCCCAGAAUACUUCCUCCACGAUGACAUGAGGAAUUGUGGAGUCAACUGUAGUGGAGAUGUGUUCACUGCCCUGAUUGGGGAGAUCUCAAGUCCCAAUUAUCCCAAUCCAUACCCGGAGAACUCAAGGUGUGAAUACCAGAUUCAGCUGCAGGAGGGCUUCCAAGUGGUGGUGACGAUGCAGAGAGAAGAUUUUGAUGUGGAGCCCGCUGACUCAGAGGGGAACUGCCCUGACAGUUUAACUUUUGCUUCAAAAAACCAACAGUUUGGUCCUUACUGUGGUAAUGGGUUCCCUGGACCGCUAACUAUUAGAACCCAGAGCAAUACUCUCGGCAUUGUCUUUCAAACUGACCUAAUGGGGCAAAAGAAGGGUUGGAAGCUUCGUUACCAUGGAGAUCCCAUCUCCUGUGCCAAAAAAAUCACUGCCAAUUCUACUUGGCAGCCCGAUAAGGCAAAAUACGUGUUUAAAGAUGUGGUGAAGAUAACCUGUGUGGACGGAUUUGAAGUUGUGGAGGGACAUGUUAGCUCUACUUCAUACUAUUCCACUUGUCAAAGCGAUGGACAGUGGAGCAACUCCGGUCUAAAAUGUCAACCUGUGUAUUGUGGAAUUCCAGAUCCCAUUGCGAAUGGUAAAGUUGAAGAGCCAGAGAAUAGUGUGUUUGGUACUGUUGUUCACUACACGUGUGAAGAGCCAUAUUACUACAUGGAACAUGAAGAAGGUGGGGAGUAUCGAUGUGCUGCAAAUGGGAGAUGGGUAAAUGACCAGCUGGGUAUUGAGCUUCCAAGAUGUAUUCCAGCCUGUGGAGUACCCACCGAGCCCUUUCAAGUGCAUCAGAGGAUAUUUGGAGGACAACCUGCAAAGAUUGAAAAUUUUCCCUGGCAAGUCUUCUUUAAUCACCCCAGAGCUAGUGGGGCUCUUAUUAAUGAGUACUGGGUGCUGACGGCUGCUCACGUUUUGGAGAAAAUCUCCGACCCUUUAAUGUAUGUCGGGACCAUGUCUGUGAGGACAACUCUCUUGGAAAAUGCCCAGAGACUCUACAGUAAACGUGUCUUUAUUCAUCCCAGCUGGAAGAAAGAAGAUGACCCAAACACACGGACAAAUUUUGACAAUGACAUUGCCCUGGUGCAGCUGAAAGACCCUGUGAAAAUGGGACCCAAAGUCUCCCCCAUCUGCCUACCAGGCACCUCCUCAGAGUACAACGUCUCACCGGGUGACAUGGGGCUGAUCUCAGGGUGGGGCAGUACAGAAAAGAAAGUCUUUGUUAUCAACCUCAGAGGGGCAAAGGUACCAGUAACCUCUUUAGAAACCUGCAAACAGGUGAAAGAGGAGAACCCCACUGUAAGGCCUGAGGACUAUGUUUUCACUGACAACAUGAUCUGUGCUGGCGAGAAAGGUGUUGACAGCUGUCACGGGGACAGCGGCGGGGCUUUUGCUUUCCAGGUCCCCAAUGUCACGGUCCCCAAAUUCUAUGUAGCUGGCUUGGUGUCUUGGGGGAAAAGGUGUGGGACUUAUGGGGUCUACACAAAGGUAAAGAAUUACGUGGACUGGAUCCUGAAAACUAUGCAGGAGAAUAGUGGGCCCAGGAAGGACUAAUCCGUAGGGCGACAACUCCCCUCAAGGGCAUAGCAAGCUCACUGUUCUCAGAUCCUAUGGUGGUCCCCUUAUUUCACAACGAUGGAGAGAAGAUGUGGGAGUAUGGUUAAUGCUGAACUUGAUUGUCAAAGAGUCUGCAUGGAGGCAGGGUUGAUCACUGAGCCGUGUUGGUUAUUCAGUUACUAUUGCUAACAACAUGGCAGAAACCCUUCUAUCUUGCGCUAUUCCACAGGGAUAUCUUAUCCGAUCUUCCCUCAUUUAACCUGCUUGAAAUUCCUGAAUAAUUUACAGCAAAGCAUGCUUCCAACCUGGUUCUGGCUGUAUGGAGAGCCACGAAGGGAGAGAGGGAGAUUUGGGGGCAUAGCAUCAUGGAAUUCAGGCAUCAACAGCAUGGAACUCUGCAUCUCUAACAAGAUGCAGACAGGGAACACAGCCUUUUAUUCUUUCUAGUGAGACUUACCGAAUACUCAGAAGUUAGAAAUGACUACCUUAGUUUUUCUCUGUGAGUUGCUUCAAUAUAUUUCCUAGAAAUUAAUUUUCUUGUAAUCCUCCUUUGUAUCAUACAGUGUAAUGACUUAGUAAAAUAGAAAUUGAACAUU